ACAGUAGAAUCGGCAUAUAAACAAGUAAAUGAAGAAGACACCAGCAACAUAUCAUAUGUUAAACCUAAAGCCAGAGCAGUGGGACAGAAGUUUACACCCUCCAAGAAGAAUUAUAAUAAUAAUAUGAAAAGUAAGUGUUUCUGCUGCGGGAAAGAAAACCACAUUAAAAAGGAUUGCACACUGAAGACUAAAUUUUGCUCGGAAUGCGGUCAACAAGGCCAUAUAUUUAAAAUGUGCCCAAAUAAGUAUAGACAAACAAAUGUUUUGAAUGUAGCAAAUGAAGAAAAUAAAGAGGGCCAAGGAUUAGAAGAAGAAAAAAAUGUAUGUGAAGAGUAUGAAACCUAUACAUUUGACAGAAUGCCAAACAACUAAUUGAUCAGGAGUUCGCAGCAGUAUUCAGCCCUGGGUGGGGCGCAUUUAAAGGUGAAGCAAUUUCUUUAAAAUUAAAAAAAGAUGCUGUACCAAAGUUUCUGCCUGUUCGACGUGUUCCAUAUGCACUUCGAGAUAAGGUAAAACAUGAAAUUGACAGAUUACAGAAAAAUGGGCGCAUAGUGCCCGUCGAACAGAGUCAGUGGGGUACACCGGUAGUACCAAUAAUAAAACCAGAUGGCUCUGUAAGACUUUGUGGGGACUAUAAAGUCACUUUAAACCCAAAUUUAGAAAUCGACCAUUACCCUCUUCCACAUGUGGAGGAUAUCUUUGAAACUUUAAAACAGGGAGAAUACUACUGCGAGCUUGAUCUUCGGGAAGCUUACUUACAAGCUGCUUUAACUGAGGAGAGUCAAUUAUUAACGACCAUUGUAACAGAAUUUGGAACAUAUAAGUACAAAUAUUUACCAUAUGGAGUUAAUACUGGCCCUGGCUCAUUUCAAAGACUAAUGUGUAAAAAACUUAUAGGUAUACCAAAUACUAUUGUAUUUAUUGAUAACAUUUACGUGGCAGGGAAAAGUUUACAAGAAACAUAUGAAACCCUUGUCAAAGUGCUUAAUAGACUACAAGAAAGUAAUUUCAAAUUAAAACCUGAAAAAUGUAAACUUUUCACAAGCCACAUUGACGUGUUUGGAUUUCGUAUAGAUAAAGAGGGAAUGAGCCUCAUAAAAUCAAAUAUUGAGCCAUUGUUGAAUGUGCCUGCACCAACUAACCUAACAUUGCUAAAAUCAUUUUUAGGAAAAAUAAAUUAUUACUCCCGAUUUCUAAGAGAUAUGGCUAAGAUUCUGAGUCCAUUAUAUGAAUGCACUAAAUUAAAUAAAUUCAACUGGACAGCCGACUGUCAAAAAUCAUUUGACACAAUUAAAAAUAAAUUAGCCUCCGCAGAUAAUUUAAGACAUUUCAAUCCAGACCUCCCAAUAAUUGUAACUGCUGAUGCUUCAAAUCAUGGACUUGGUGCUGUGUUAUCAAACCGGGACAAAAAUGGUGUAGUCAGGCCCAUAGCUUAUGCAAGCAAAAAAUUAAAUGCAACGGAACAAAAAUAUGCUGCCAUAGACAGGGAGGCUAUGGGAAUUGUGUUUGCGGUCACUAAGUUUUAUAAUUAUAUUUAUGGCCGACAAUUUGAAUUAGAAACAGACAGUUCUGCUCUAGUCAGGAUUUUUGGACCAACAAAAGGUAUACCGAAAAUGGCCGCAAAGCGGUUACAACACUAUGCCAUAUUUCUCUCAGCUUUCAAUUAUAAAAUUAAACACAUUAAAACUAACAAUAAUCCAGCAGACUAUUUGUCCAGAAAUCCUGACAAUACAGAAUGUACCAGCCAACAUGUAAAUCCAAUUAAUAAAGUUGAUAAUUUGAUACAGGUAUUGUAUACAAAUAGCUCUGAAAUAGACUAUUUAAAUUUUAAAGUUAUAGAAGAAAAUACACAAAAAGAUGUACUAUUAAGUAAAGUAAUUGAAUAUUGUACAACAGGUUGGCCAAAUAAAAAUUUAAUUAAGUCAGAACUUCUACCAUUUUAUAAUAGAAAGGAUGAAAUUAGUGUGGAUCAGGGUUGUUUACUUUGGGGACAUAGAGUAAUAAUUCCAGAAAUAAAUCAAAAAGCUGUAUUAAAAAGUUUACACAAAACACAUUUUGGUAUUGUUCGUAUGAAAGAAAUUGCUCGCUCUUAUUUUUGGUGGCCAAAAUUAAAUUCAGAAAUUGAAAGUAUUGGAAAAUCAUGUAUCAUAUGUUUAACGAACCAUAAAAACCCCAUGAAAUCUCCACAGCCAUGGCCAACACCACCUACAGCUUGGUAUAGAAUUCAUGCGGAUUUUUUGGGACCAUUUUAUAAUAAAAUGUAUUUAAUAAUUAUAGACAGCUAUAGUAAAUGGCCCGAGGCUUUCGAAAUGUCAAACAUGACAGCAACUAAAACAAUGGAUGUACUAGAUAAGCUAUUCAGUCGGUUUGGAUAUCCGGACCAGCUGGUCACAGAUAACCAAACUACUUUCACAAGUACGGAAUUUAAGAGCUAUUGUAAGGAACAUAACAUUAAACAAAUAUUUUCACCACCUUACCACCCAGCGACGAACGGAGCCGCAGAAAAUUUUGUACACACUUUCAAGGCCGCGGUGACCAAAAUAAGAGAAAAUGGAUGCAGUAUUAACUCUGCAAUCAAUUUAUUUCUAUUUGAUUAUAGAACCACACCUCAUAGAACAACAGGUGAGACUCCGGCUUGUUUGUUGCUGGGGAGAGAAUUAAGAAACAGAUUUAGCUGUCUUAAACCUCCACCUAUAUUGGAAGAUGUAUCUGAAAGGGAGGGGAGAAAGGCAGGUAAAAGAAAAGUUAAUUUUAUAGUAGGUCAAAAAGUAAUGGUGAGAGACUAUAGAAAAGGUUAUAAGCCUUGGAUAGUGGGCACGAUAGUGUCAGAUUCUGUCCCAGAUUUAACAUAUAUAAUUGAGGUUCAAGGUAUGCGGUGGAAACGUCAUAUUGAUCAAAUGGUGUAUUGCAAUGAGGACGUAGAUAAUAAUUAGAGUUAAUAAGUUUGUAUCGUAGGCCAAGUCUAACUUGCAUUUAUUUAUAAAUGAUGCCAAGAUAUGUGUGCUUAGGUUAACUAUAGUUUCUGUACAGUUAUAAUGGGAUUCUUCAAUGAUCCUAUAUGAUGUAUCUAAACUUAAGUAAAACUAGAUUAGUUUUAGGAUAAGUCCGGGAGAGUGUAGUAUGUGUGAAUCGGAACGCUCUCUUCUGCUUUGUCAGCCCUUG